GAAUGGUGACGGCAAGAGACCCAGUAGCACAUCACAAUUCAGUUACAUCUGCCUCCAGAACCACUUCGAACGCCUUUUGAACGGAAUAUCGCCUCUUGAGGGGACCGUUCUAUACAUUCACAACAUAAUAAAAUUGGAUAUCUCUAGAAAAAAUAUGAAUUAUAUCGUGUUAGCUUCGCUUUUCUCAUUGGUCUUUGCUGGGAAGUCACCGAGGCUAAAAUUCACUGUUCAAGCAGCAGCUCGGUUUCACUUCACCAAGCCAGAAUACUACAUGACCCUGUUCCACCAAGAGGGAGGAGAUGUGCUCUAUGUGGGGGGGCAGGCAGCAGUCUACAUGCUGACAUUCACUGAUAAAGGUGUCAGUGACACUCAGAUUGCAGUCCCAACAGAAGAAAAUGCAAAGGAGGCAUGCAUUUCCAAAUCUGUAAUACCAAAGAUGGAGUGUGACAAUUUCAUCACUGUCAUUCAGAAAGUCAGUGACACCUUACUGGUGUGUGGUACAAAUGCAGGCACCCCAAAAUGCUGGCAAUUGGUGAAUGGCACGGUACUGACUGAUAUGACUAAUGGACAUAUUUCAUCAUCUGAUAUCUCCCCACCCUUCCCUUCACAAAGAUCCGUCAGCCUGUCAGCAGAUGGGAGUCUGUAUUCUGCUCUGUCAGCUGUGGGACAUCAACCUGGCUCAAUCCGCAGGACCUUCGGUUCCCGCAAGCUGCUGAAGACUGAGAACAAAUGGCUACAUAAUCCUCAGUUCGCUGGGGCAGCAAUGAUCCCUGGGUCCCAAAAGCACAAAGAAGAAAUCUACUUCUUCUUCAGUGAGAUCAACAAGACGGCUGGAGUCGAUGAGCAACCGUAUAGGGCCCGCAUUGGGCGUGUCUGCAUGGUGGAUGAGGGGGGCAUUAAGAACUUGCUAGCAGACUCCUGGACCACCUUCCUGAAGGCACGGGUUAUGUGUGGAGUGGGCACCUCCCCUCAGCAAUAUAACAACCUGCAGCAGGCCUUUGUGCUCACUGCACAGGAGAGGAGGACCGGUGUGAUGUACGGGCUGUUCUCCAACGCCUGGGACACCACAGUGGUGUGUGCCUACUCCAUUGAAGACAUCGACCAGGCCUUCUCCACCUCUAAGCUGAAGGGCUACACAACCCCCCUGACAGGACACCGCCCUGGGACAUGUGUCCUCAAGAAUGUGACAUCAUCACUCAAUGCCAAAACCCUAGGGGUGAUAAAGGACCAUCCAGAGAUUGAGGAUGUCAUCACACCAGUUGGAGAAGUACCUUUGGAACUGCCCACUGAUGACCAGUUUACCCAGACAGUUGCUGACACCGUUCUGGCAGUCAAUGACGAGCAUUACAGUGUGUUGUACCUGGGAACAGAAAAGGGUAAAGUCCUGAAGGUCCUUCACACCAUAGAGGAAGCGUUCAUCAUCUCUCAGUACUCUUUAUUCCACAAUGAGAGUCCCGUCACUGCCAUGGCCAUUGACUCCCAGAGGGGCCAUAUCUAUGUGGGCCAAGCCAUGGAGGUACAGCGUCUCCCACUAGCCGACUGCAGCCGAUACGGUGACACAUGCCGGGAGUGCAUUCUCUCACGUGACCCCUACUGUGGAUGGGAGGCAGCGAAGAAGAAGUGUACCCCCAUCCCUGCUGGAUACAACAUCAGCACUGGUGCAAUCGUCCAGAGCCUUGAUCAGUCCAAUACCUCUGUUUGUGGAGAGGCCACAGCCCUGAAGGUUCGCAGCACAUCUCCAAAGGAGGUACUGGUGGACUCAGACGGGCCAGUUAUGCUCCCCUGUCCUGUGCGUUCCUAUCACGCCACCUACCGCUGGGAGAAGGAUAACUGCAUCAAACGUUACCCCUGCUCCAUCUCGGGGGGCUCCUGCGUGCUUGCUCCUAGUCCAGACCUGCCCCUGGAGGCAGGCAUCUUCCGCUGCAUGGCCCUGGAGAACGGCUACAAGGAGGAGGUGGUCUCCUAUCGGCUGGUCUUCAAUGGCGGACCCCUCCCCGCCUCCUUUGCUUCUACACUGGCUCCCUCCCUCCUGCUGGCCGCAGCCACGCUGUGGCUGAUGUAGGCCAUCAGUCCCUCAGAUCCCCCUUCCUUCCCCUUUACAAUACGUGCCAUCAGUGGAGUCAUGAUGCCUACGUCCGGUUCGCAGAGCACUUAAGCCACAGCAUUGGGAAACAAAACAGCAAAAGAAACAUGCCUGUUGCAUGCUGAGAUUUUUAUACUAUAACUAUAACUAUUAGUCCUGUCACAUUUCACGGUGUGGUCAGUUGUUCCUGAACAAGGACAUAUUUUUACUAAAUUGCCUUAACAGCAAUCAACCCUCAGAAUAACAUCACUACAGAAGCAAUAGGAUAGGUGUGUGUGUGUGUGUGUGUGUGUGUGUGUGUGUGUGUGUGUGUGUGUGUGUGAGAGUGUGUGUGCAUGUGUGGGUGUGUGUGUGUGUAUGAUUAUGCGUGUGUGUUUGUGGGUGUGUGUGUGUAAACACAGUUGAAACAACAGAAGUCAGAUACUAACAAUAUUAUCUAUACAGUAUAUUUAAAGUUUUGCUUUUCAUCCUAUGAACUUACAUCUAUCUUCUGUGAUAAAGGUUUUGAAAAGCUGCCAUCAGAUUCUGAUUGUAAUGAGUGCUUUGCGAACCAAGGUUUUCAGACUCAAAUGAGCCAAUAUUUUUAUGUUUGGUAAAGUAAAUUGCCAGGCUACUUUGUUUUUUUUAUUUUAU